AUGGGUGGGUGUAUGUCUUGCAGAUCAUCAUCAUCAUCAUCAUCAUCAUCAUCACCAUCUUCCUUUGAUUGUAUUCGUCUAAUUCACUUCAAUGGUGCAGUCCAAGACUUCGAAGAUCCGAUUACGGUCGGCGAUAUCACAGGAAAGCCGCCGAAGUACUUUGUUUGUACACCAUCACAGCUUAUUUCAUUCAGUUCCUCAGAAACUCUCCAACCUGAAACACAACUUCAAAGGGGACAAAUCUAUUUCAUAUUACCUUUAUCUGCUCUUCAAUGGGAAGCUUCACCAGUUGAUUUUGUUUGUUUGGCUACAAGGCUCAACAAGGUUGCCAAAAGAAGUGGAUCCAUUAAAGCUAAGAACCCACAAAAAAGUCCAGUUAUGGAUCCAUUAGAGGGUUUGAGAAGAAGCAAGUCAACACCAGAAAGAGUACUUAAUCCAAUUUCUGAACAAGUGGUACAUGUUACAAGUGUUGGAGAGAAAUCUGAUGAUGUUCAUGUAAGGAUUAAUAGAGAUAAAAUGAAUUAUAGAGCACAGUCAUGGAAACCAAUCCUUCAGACCAUCAAUGAGAGAUCAUUUGGGCGUAGAAGUGAAUCAGAUCUUCAAACUCCAAGAAUAGCUUGA